CAGAGGCUCACAACAACCUGGGAGUGCUCCAACGCGAUGUGGGCUGCAUCCCCGACGCACUUGCAUCCUACUCGCGAUGCCUAGAGUUGGAUCCGAACUGCAGGAACGCGGGGCAGAACCGACUGCUGGCACUCAACUACAUUUACCAGGGCGAGGAUGAGCUGGUGUGCGCGGCGCACCGGGAGUGGGGGCAGCGCUUCCAAGCAGCCAUCAGCCCCCUGCCGCCGCUGGGGCCGGGAGACAGGAGUUGGGACCCAGAUCGCCCGCUGCGCAUCGGCUACAUCUCUCCCGACCUGUUCACCCACUCGGUGUCGUACUUUGCCGAGGCGCCGCUGACCCACCACUCGCCCGCCCGGGGGCUCAAACACAUCGUGUACAGCUGUGUGCCCAAGCCCGACUCCAAGACCACCCGCCUGCGAGCUGCUACGCUGGCUGCGGGGGGCGAGUGGCGGGAGGCGGCGGGGCUGAGCGAGGAGGCGCUGGCGGGGCUGGUGCGGGCGGAUGAGGUGGACUUGCUGGUGGAGCUGACAGGCCACACCGCGAACAACCGGCUAGGCUGCAUGGCUCGUCGACCGGCUCCCGUACAAGUCACCUGGAUCGGCUACCCCAACUCCACCGGUCUCGCGGCAGUGGACUACCGCAUCACGGACGAGAUCUGCGACCCAUGGGACACUCGACAGGCCUUUGUGGAGCAGCUGGUACGACUGCCGCGGGGCUGCUUCCUGUGCUACACGCCCGCGGUGGAUGCGCCGCCGGUGUCGCCGCUUCCGGCGCUGACCAACGGCUUCAUCACGUUUGGGUCGUUCAACAACCUGGCCAAGAUAACGCCGCAGGUACUCCGAGUGUGGGGCGCCAUCCUCACCGCCGUCCCCCGCUCCCGACUGGUCCUCAAGAACAAGCCCUUUGCCUGCGAGGCCGCUCGCGCACACGUCAUGCGGCAGCUGCAGGAGGUGGGAAUCGAACCCUGGCGGGUCGACUUGCUGCCGCUGGCGCCCGGGAACGCGCAGCACCUGGCCACGUACGCCCUCAUGGACAUCUCCUUGGAUCCAUUUCCGUACGCAGGCACCACCACCACCACCGAAUCCCUGUUCAUGGGGGUUCCCUGCCUCACCCUGGCGGGUCGCUGUCACGCGCACAACGUGGGCGUCAGCUUGCUUACCGCAGUGGGACUGCACCCGCCGCCACCACCAUCAGCAACAACAACAGCCUCCUCGGCGGCAGCAGUAGCGGCAGCAGCAGCCUCGGCACCGGUACCACCGGCCUUCUGCUCGGGACAGAACCUCGCAUGCAGCAACCGCGACACCAACGGCUACUGCAGCAACAUGUGCUGCGAGGAGGACACGUGUGGGGGCAACAUGGGCAGCAUCAACAGCGGAAACAACAGCUGCCAAGAGCUAC